GCUUUGGAUGAUAUUUACACGACAUGCAAAUGGAAAUCGAUUGGCCAUUAGUUCCCACUGCAGUGUUUGGAGGUGGAGCCGAAUGUAAACCCCCGGGAAUGGUGCGGAGAGGGUCAGAGUAUGCGGCUGCGCUCUGGCUCUCCGCGGGGGUGCGAAAGGUUGGAAGAGGAUGGGGCCCAGAAUGGACCCGCGGGUGCUCUCUGCAGCAAUCUGGCCCAGUCCAACCUGCUCCUAACUCCCAGAGGAAGGGGCCACGGGAGGCCCUGCCGGGUGCUCUGAAAUGGGGCCGGGGGCAACGCGACACAUCUGGUCAAUGCAGGAAAGGGGGGGGGAAAGGGGAGCGACGAGCGGUAGCUGUCAGUUUGUCAACUCCACAUUUGCCUGCCACCCCCGCGCCGACCCUGCGGGGUCCAGCCUGCAGCCGCGGUGCGCCCUCACCCCGCCCUGAGCACCGGUGUGUCGGUCCAUCCUCUCUCUACUCGUCUCGAUCAUCCAGCCACCACCCCACCCCUUCUCUAUUCAUUUCUUCUAGUCCCCUUUCCUGCCUCACCCCGCGUACCUCAGUCCAUCCAUCCACACCCACGGCCCAGGGCCUCCUCACCAAGGUCCUCCUGCAACCGCUCCAGCCUUGGGCUCAUCCGCCGCUCCCGCGGUACCGGCCCGGCCCAGCACAGCCCAGAGAGGAGGGGGAAGGAGGGGGCGGGGCGCCAGGACAACCCACCAGCGCUGCGCAGCCGCGCCCCUUCACGCAGGGGCGGGCCCGCCCCCAAGCGCUUGACGUCUCGCCUGCGUCAUUCUGGUAG